GAGAGGCCUAUCAGAAUGCUGCCAGUGUAUAUCAUUUUCUUCCUAUGCCAAGUAUCUGGUAUCGACCAAGAUCCUCGAAAUCUAAAAAUUGAAUAUUUGUCGAAACUUAUCGACAGCGAACUUGAGAAGAUCAAGAACUAUAAGGUCAGAAUAGAUAAUAAAGAUUUACUGGGAAGUGCUGAAAACACAAGAGUUCUGCUUGAGUAUGGAGAGUUCGAUUUCAUAAUAGUUGGAGGAGGUUCAGCUGGUUCUGCGAUAGCAAAUCGAUUAUCGGAAAUCGAGGAAUGGAAGAUUCUUCUUUUGGAAGCCGGAGAUGUUAAUGACGACUUUACAGAUAUACCAUAUUUUUUCGAACCAGCUCUCAAUUCGGAUAGGAAUUGGGGCUAUUUUACUAUACCUCAAAGGAAUGCUUGUCUCGGAAGGAUAAAUAACCAGUGUCCCUAUGCCCAGGGAAAAAUUCUUGGUGGAUCAGGCACAAUGAGUGGUCUUGUUUACUCCAGAGGAAUAAAGCGAGAUUUCGACAAAUGGUCCUCGCAGGGCAUUCCAGGAUGGACAUGGGACGAUGUCCUACCCUAUUAUAAAAAAAUCGAAAAUUACGAAUCACAAAAAAUAGACUUGAAUUACAGAGGUUUCGGUGGUCCACUAAACGUAGCUUACGUAAAACCUUCAAACCCAAUCCACCAAGCCAUUAUUGACGCUCAUGGACAAAUCGGCAUAAAAUUCCUUGAAGAUUACAACGCAAAAAGAAUAAGCGGUAUUUCAUUCACCCAGCAUAACACCCAGAGGGGUAGAAGAGUUAGUGGAGCAAACAACUACGUGAAAACUGCUUGGAAUCGAAUAAAUUUCAAUGUGACCCUCAAAGCAUUCGCUACAAAAAUCUUGAUAAACGAUGAAACCAAAACUGCGUAUGGCGUGGAAUUCGUGAAAAACAACAAGAAAUAUAUAGCUAGAGCUAGAAAGGAGGUGAUAAGUUCAGCAGGGUCUAUCAACUCCCCGCAGCUCUUGAUGCUGUCGGGAAUCGGACCGAAAUCAGACUUGGAAAGAUUGGGGAUCCGGGUGAUCCAGAAUCUUCCCGUGGGCAGGCAUACCAAAGACCAUAUCGGUUUUCAAAACUUCUACUUUAAAUCGAACCAUGUUGAACCCCUACUCUCAACAGAACAGCUGGUGAAGCAGUACUUGGACGGUGAAGGAUUUUAUACAGCACCGACAAAUUAUCGUUUGACAUCAUACUACAACUCCAGGAAUUCAUCUUCACCCUAUCCUAACAUAGAAGUCGAAUUUUCAUUCCCUAAACCCUUAUCUACUGGUUACCCAGGUUGGAGCACUUUCAAAAAGACCAUCUCAAACUUCACAGAUAAAGUCAAACAAUCCUCCACAUUCAGUUUAGAAUUAUUUUUCCUCCAUCCAAAAUCUUCAGGAACCUUGAAACUAAAAUCGGCAAAUCCUAAAGACUUUCCGCUAAUUGACAGUAAUAUUUUCGAUGACGCUGAAGAUUUGGAGGAUAUUUAUAGGGGCGUUGAGGUAUCCCUGAGUUUGCUGGAUACUCCUGUUGGCAAAUCUUUGAACUUGACCCUGGAGUUGGAUAUUCCAGAAUGUUCAAGGGAAAUAUACAGGUCGAAAAAAUUCUGGUUUUGUGUUUUGCGUCAUUUUGUGGGACCAGCAUUGCAUCUUUCAUCAUCGACUAAAAUGGGCAAUUCUAAUGAUCCUCUUGCUGUGGUGAACCACGAGUUGAAGGUAUAUGGGAUAAAGGGACUAAGAGUGGCAGAUGUUGGUGUGGUUCCAGGGACAGUUACAGGACAUAUUAAUGCUCAAGCAUUCUUGAUUGGGGAAAGAGCUGCAGAUAUGAUCAAAAAGCAAUAUUUGAAAUAGUGUAGAUAUGUUAGGUACUUAGGAAGUCUUUGCACUCUCGAAUAUGUGUAUGAUGUUCAUUCUACCAUAAAAAAAUCAUAAACUUGCGAUUUUCACCUACUUUA